UCUAUCGAUAGUAUCGGUGUGGUGCUGUCGAUGGUUUGACUGCUCUAUUGGGGAUUCGGUUUGUUGUGAAAUUUCCAGCCUGAUUUACGGUGGCCAUGGACGAAAGCUCGCGCCAACACAUGGAGGACUGCUUCCUGCGCAGUCCCAACGACAUCCGCACCACCAACGUGCCCGCGGUGCCGAAAUCGCAGGCGGCGGACAACAAGUCCCGGAAAACGGAGCUCCACGUCCUUCGACUCAAUGACGAGUCCCGCCAGAUGACCAUGGACACGUUGCGUCAGAUCCACGGACCGGACUUCCGGCUGGACGACAUCAGCAAGUACAAGGAUCGCGGACGCGGAGGCCACGGCGUGAAGCACUCUUACUGGCAGGAUCGCGGCACUCUGGUUGUGCAGAGUGUCCAGGGCGUGAGCUCCUCGCGUGGCGACGACAGCGACGGCGAUCGUCUGCGCCGCUAUGCUCUGGCCAAGCUGGAGAACUAUGGCUUCCAGGCCGUCCACUGUCUGGAGGCCUACGAUCACUGCUCCGGCGACACAGAGGCCGCGCUGCUGCUGCUGUACCGCCGCUACAUGCGCAUCCCGGAGAAGGAGGAGCUACCCCUCGAGCCGCCCGGCGAGCAGGAGCUGCUCGAUAUGCGAGCGGACGAGAAGGAGGCUUUGGAGUCCAUCUACGACAAGGCGUACGAGGAACGGGAAGCGAACCGCGUGUGGAAUCUCAAGUUCCGCAUCGACCACCUGCUCGCCCACAGUCCCUCAGAGGUGCGGAAGGCCAGGGAGGCGGUUCUGGCAGCUGCCGCAGCUGCUGCUCAAGCAGCACACGAAAAGAAGAAGGCGCCCCAGCGGUGUCGCAACUUUGACCGCGACGGCACCUGCAGGUUCGGUCCCAAGUGCCGCUUCGCUCACCUGCCGCCACAGCCCACGGAAACGGAUACUCCUAAGAAGGACAGCGUUGACGAGAACGACAACGAGCUGUGGUUCCACGUGGAGGUGCGCUUUCCGCCGGGGAGUCGCUACCCGUACGAGGCGCCCUUCGUCUACCUGAAAACCACCUGCCACGACAUCCCGCACGAGUUGCGCCUGCGCUACGCCCGCCAUCUGUACAGGGAAGCCAGGGAGAUCUGCCGCGAUGGCAUUCCCUGCGUGUACAGCAUCUGCGAUCUGCUGCAGUCCAACGAACAGCUGGCCGGUCGACUGGACACCACUGCCUUUCCCUCGCCGAAGCGCUCGCUCUUCCACGACGAGGCGGAGGGCGGUGGAUCGGAUCUGGGUGGAGAGAAUCAGCAGGCACCGAAGCCCUCUCACUACGCCCGCGGUCAAACGUCGCGCAACGAGGGUGGCCACCAGCGGAAUGCGGAGGCGCAGGCCCGGGAGAACCGCCGCCUGCUGCAGCAGUUCGUGGAGCGGCGGAAGGAGGAGCGCUACCAGAAGGUCAUCGAUGGCCGGAAACAGCUGCCCGCCUUCGCGGAAAUCGAACGCAUUCUGGCGCUGAUCGAAAGCUCGCCCGUGGUGGUGAUAUCCGGAGAAACGGGCUGCGGCAAGAGCACCCAAGUGCCGCAGUUCAUCCUGGACAACUGGUUCUUCCGCGCUCUGCAACUGUCUCCGAAGGAGAACCUGCCGCACGUGGAGAUCAUCUGCACGCAACCGCGACGGCUUUCGGCCAUCGGAGUGGCGGAGCGCGUGGCGGCCGAGCGUCUGGAUCGCAUUGGCCAACUGGUGGGCUACCAGAUCCGGCUGGAGAACAAGGUGUCGCAGAGCACGCGCCUCAGCUUCUGCACCACUGGAAUCCUGCUGAGGCGACUGGCCUCCGAUCCGCUGCUGGGAAGCGUCACCCAUGUCAUCGUGGACGAGGUGCACGAGCGCUCCGAGGAGUCCGACUUCCUGCUGCUCAUCCUCAAGAACUUGCUGCGUGAACGCAAAGACCUGAAAGUGAUACUCAUGUCGGCCACCCUCAAUGCUGCCCUCUUCUCGGAUUACUUCGGCGGGGCGCCCGUGCUGGAUAUUCCUGGCCGCACCUUCCCCGUUCAGCAGCUCUUCCUGGAGGACAUCUUGGAGAUGAGCGACUUUGUCAUGGAGUACGACACCAAAUACUGCCGCAAGCUAAAGAAGCAGGAGCAAGACGUACUGGAGCGUGAGCUGGAGUACGCCGAUGUCCAGGCUUCGGGAGAGGCGCCGGGAAAGAAGAUCAAGGAUGAAAAGCUGACUCUGGCCGAGACCUAUUGUCGAUAUGCAGAUUACAGCAAAACCACGUGCAAGAGCAUCUACCUGAUGGAGCCCAUGACCAUCAACCCGGAACUGAUUGAAUCCGUGCUGAAGUACAUCGUUGAGGGAUCCCACGAGUGGCCCCGCGAGGGCACCAUCCUCAUCUUCUUGCCCGGCUUCGGGGAGAUCCAGUCGGUGCACGAUUCCCUGAUGGACAGUUCCAUUUUUUCGCCGCGCGCCGGCAAAUUCAUCCUAGUGCCACUGCACUCGGCCCUUUCUGGCGAGGAUCAGGCGCUGGUCUUUAAAAAGGCGCCGCCCGGCAAACGAAAGAUCGUGCUGAGCACCAACAUAGCCGAGACCUCGGUGACCAUUGACGACUGCGUGUUCGUGGUGGACUGCGGCCUGAUGAAGGAGAAGUGCUUCGACUCGAACCGCAACAUGGAGUCGCUGGACCUGGUCUGGGUCUCGCGUGCCAACGCCAAGCAGCGGAAGGGUCGUGCCGGCCGUGUGAUGCCCGGAGUGUGCAUCCACCUGUACACCAGCCACCGCUACCACCAGCACAUCCUCGCCCAGCCGGUGCCGGAGAUCCAGCGCGUGCCGCUCGAGCAGAUUGUGCUGCGCAUCAAGACGCUGCAGACGUUCGCCUCGCGCAACACGCUCUCGGUUCUCCUGGAAACGCUGGAGGCGCCCUCGGAGGACAGUGUUCUGGGUGCCUUGACCCGGUUGAGGGAUGUGGGCGCCCUCGAUGCGGAGGACCAGCUGACGCCGUUGGGCCACCAUCUGGCUGCGCUGCCCGUGGACGUGCGCAUUGGCAAGCUGAUGCUGUACGGGGCGAUCUUCCAGUGCCUGGACAGCGUGCUGACCAUCGCCGCCUGCCUGAGCAACAAGUCCCCGUUCGUGAGUCCACUGAAUAAGCGCACGGAGGCGGACAAGUGCAAGCGCAUGUUCGCUUUGGGCAACAGCGAUCACCUUACAGUUCUGCAGGCUUAUAGGAAAUGGUUGGACGUGGCGAGAAGGGGCAACUAUGCAGCCAGCAGAAACUAUGCCAGCGAGCACUUCCUGUCGCUCAACACUCUGGAAACGAUAGCCGACCUCAAGUACCAGUACCUGGAGCUGCUCGUGUCCAUUGGCUUUGUGCCCAUCAACGUGCCACGCAGGCGCAAAAAUGCAUGCGACAAUAUUUUAACGCUAACGGGUGUGGAGCAGAACCACAACGGGGACAACAACAGACUGCUGACCUCUCUCCUCUGCGCCGCUUUGUACCCGAACAUCGUGAAGAUCAUGACGCCAGAGCGCGUCUACGUCCAGACGGCCGGCGGUGCGGUGCCGCGGGAGCCGAGCCACCAGGACCUGCGCUUCAAGACCCGCGGCGAUGGCUAUGUGAAGAUCCACCCGUCGUCGGUCAACUCGCAAGUGGCCGUCUUCCAGGCGCCGUUCCUCGUCUACCAGGAGAAGGUGCGCACCAGCGCCAUCUACAUCCGCGACUGCUCCAUGCUGCCGCUCAUCGCCAUGGUGUUGUUUGCCGGCAGCGACUUUAAGGUGGAGCUGCACGACGGCGACUUCCUCUUUCUGCUGGAGAGCGGCUGGAUCAUCCUGAAGGCGCACGACCUCGAGACCGCCGAGAUGGUGCAGUGCCUGCGAGCGGAGAUGAUCAAGCUGCUGGAGGAGAAGAUCAGGGAUCCGUGCCUUAAUCUGCUGCACCACAAGAACGGAUGUCGCAUGAUCGCCAACAUCGUUCACCUGAUCAGCAAAAAUAGCUGAGAGGCUCCUCAUUUCACAACUGUUCAAAUCGUUUGUAAAUUGUGUGUAAAUGCUGUUAUAGCCGAUAUUUCAAAUCCCUGUAAUAUACGCCAAACGAGACCAAUAUCAACUCACUGAAACGAUGGCUUUAAACAACGCUUCUUAGGGUUUAUUUAUUGGGAAAAAGUAGAAUUGAAGUGCAUUUUGACUACUGUUACAAAAUGUUAUUGUAGUACUGCCUGAUUAAUCAUAAAGUAUUUUCAAUAGCAUUUUAGUUUUCAAUUUCCGUCUAAUUAAAAAAAAUCCAAAUACUCUUUAAAAUGGCUCAAAAGAUGUACUUCCCUCCACCCGUUAAAGAAAUAAAUGUUAUCAUAUCACGACUUAA